AUGGCAGCACAAUUUAACUUACCAGAAAAUACAGAUGACUGGACAAAAGAGGAUGUAAAUCAGUGGUUAGAAAGUCAUAAAAUUGAACAAAAACACAGAGCAAUUUUGACUGCACAAGAUGUGAAUGGUGCAAACUUGAAGUACUUAACUAAAGAUCACCUUGUUGCUAUGGGCAUAACAUUUGGACCAGCUAUCCAAAUAGAACAUCUCUUCAAAGAGUUGCUGGAGACAUCCUCUGGAGAUCCUUUCCAGACACGUAAGAGUGGAAAAGGCAGUAAAAGUGUUCCUAAAACACAGGAGAAAGAUGGAGGGACUUCAAAACAAAAGAAUAAAAAGAAAUCAGAUACAGUUAAUGACUCUACGGUGAGUACAGUUACUAAAGGUUCUAAGUCACUGAAAAAUGAGUUCAUGGAAGAUGAAAUAGAUGACACAAAGAAAAAGCAGCCAUCCACAGAACCGACAUGCAUGGCAUACCCUUUCGAUGAAUUCAGUGAUCCAUAUCGUUACAAACUGAAUUUUAAACUACAGCCUGAAACAGGACCACUCAAUCUCAUUGACCCAAUACAUGAAUUCAAAGCCUUCACAAACACAGAAACAGCCACGGAAGAGGAUGCUAAAAUGAAAUUUAGCAAUGAGGUUUUCCGAUUUGCUUCUGCUUGUAUGAACUCACGUACCAAUGGCACCAUUCAUUUUGGAGUCAAGGACAAACCUCACGGAACAAUUGUUGGUGUGGAAUUUACCACCAUCACCAAGGAAGCCCUCAUUGACCACUUCAAUCUGAUGAUCCACCAAUAUUUUGAAGACCACCAGGUCCAAAAAGCAAAGAAUUGCAUUCGAGAGCCAAGAUUUGUAGAAGUUUUACUGCCAAAUAUUACUCUAUCUGACAGAUUUGUUAUUGAAGUGGAUGUUGUUCCAAAAUAUUCUGAAUGUGAAGUUGAUUAUUUCCAGAUUAAAAUGCAAAAUUAUAGCAACACAAUAUGGAAACCAAGUCCAAAAUUCUCAGUCUUUGUGCGAGAUGGGGCCAGUUCUAAGGACAUCAUGAAAAGUAAUGCAGAUUUCAAAGCAUUUAAAUUAGAUUUGAAAAGACUGGCAGAAUCUAGGAAAGAGGCAGAAGAGAAAUGCAGAGUGAAAACAAAUAAAAAAGAGAGCGAGGGGCCAAAGCUUGUUAAAUUGUUGACAGGAAAUCAGGAUUUGUUAGAUAAUUCAUACUACGACUGGUACAUUCUUGUAAUAAACAAAUGCCACCCUACACAAAUCAAACACUUAGAUUUCCUAAAGGAAAUUAAAUGGUUUGCUGUGUUGGAGUUUGAUCCUGAAUCUGUGAGCAAGGGUGUGGUCAAAGCAUUCAAAGAAACCCGAGUAGUAAAUCUUCACGUCCCAAGUUUGUAUAUGGAGGGGAAAACCACAAAUGAGAAGAUUACUAGUCUGAAUCUUUAUCAACAACUCAGCUGGAUUUUCUGCAAUGGCCGGUUAGAUCUUGACAGUGAAAAGUAUAAACCUGUAGAUGCAAGUUCCUGGCAAAGAGAAAAAGCGUCUGAAGUCAGGAAACUGAUUUCAUUUCUUACCCAAGAAGACAUAAUGCCAAGAGGGAGGUUUUUGGUGGUAUUUCUAUUACUCUCCUCUGUUGACGACCCAAGAGACCCACUCAUUGAGACCUUCUGUGCUUUCUACCAAGAUCUCAAAGGAAUGGAAAAUAUAUUGUGCAUUUGUGUAGACUCACGCAUAUGUCAGGGAUGGAAAGAUCUACUUGAAGCAAGAUUAACAACACAGCAAGAUGAAUUAUCAAACCAAUGUGUUUCUUCUUUAAGUCUUGAAGAAAUAAAUGGAACUAUUCUUAAGCUAAAAUCUGUGACUCAAUCUUCCAAGAGAUUUUUACCAUCUAUUGGUUCAUCUACUGUCCUUCUGAAAAAAGAAGAAGAUAUCAUGACUGCUCUGGAAAUUCUCUGUGAAAACGAAUGUGAAGAUACAAUCUUAGAGAAGGACAAAAAAAAAUUACUUGAAUUCAAAGCAUUGAAAGAGGAAGAUUUUUAUCGAGGAGGCAAAGUAACAUGGUGGAAUUUCUACUUUUCUUCUGAAAACUAUUCUUCCCCUUUUGUGAAAAGGGAUAAAUAUGAAAAACUUGAAGAAAUGAUUCAAAGAGGGGCAGAUUCUUCUAAGCCGACAUGUGUCAAAAUUAUUCAUCUGUAUCAUCAUCCAGGCUGUGGUGGGACUACGUUGGCUAUGCAUAUUCUCUGGGAACUAAGGAAGAAAUUCAGAUGUGCUGUGCUGAAAAACAAGACAGUGGAUUUUUCUGAAAUUGGAGAACAAGUGACUAAUUUAAUAACCUAUGGGACAACAAAUAAUCAGGAAUACUUACCUAUAUUACUGCUUGUUGAUGAUUUUGAAGAACAGGAUAAUGUCUAUCUUCUGCAAGCUUCUAUUCAAACAGCUGUAGCUAAUAGGUAUAUUCGAUAUGAGAAACCUCUAGUGAUCAUCCUAAAUUGCAGGAGAUCACAGAAUCCUGAAAAAAGUGCAAAGAUCUCAGACAGUAUUGCCCUAAUACAACAACUGUCUCCCAAGGAACAGAGAGCUUUUGAGCUUAAAUUGAAAGAAAUUGAAGACCAACAUGAAAACUUUCAAGAUUUUUAUUCCUUCAUGAUUAUGAAAACCAACUUUAAUAAAAAGUACAUAGAAGAUGUGGUCAGGAAUAUUCUGAAAGAACAAAAUAUUUCCACCAAGGAAGCAAAGCUUUUUUCCUUUCUGGCCCUUCUUAACUCAUAUGUGCCAGAUACCACCAUUUCACUAUCACAGUGUGAAAAGUUCCUAGGAAUCACAAACAAGAAAUCUUUCUGGGGAACAGAAAAAUUUGAAGACAAAAUGGGCACCUACUCUACAAUUCUAAUAAAAACAGAGGUGGUAGAAUGUGGGAACUACUGUGGAGUACGCAUUAUUCACCCUUUGAUUGCCAUUCGUUCCCUGGAAGAAUUGAAGAUAAGCUAUGACUUGGAUAAGAGUCAGAUUAUGCUGAACAUGCUAACAGAAAAUUUGUUCUAUGAUACUGGAAUAGGAAGAAGCAAAUUUUUAGAAGAUGUGCAAACACUGCUGCUCACAAGACAGCGCAAUGAAAAUGAAGGUGAAACAGGAACUUUGUUUUCCCCAUUCAUUGAAGCAUUACAUAAAGAAGAAGGGAAUGUGGCAGUUCAAAAAGUAUUACGUGAAGGUACUCGUCGGUUCAACCCAAAUGCAUUCAUUUGCCAAGCCUUGGCAAGACAUUUCUACAUUAAAGAGAAGGACUUUCACAGUGCUCUACAUUGGGCAAAUCAAGCAAAAGAGAUAGAACCUGACAAUUCUUAUAUCUCAGAUACACUGGGUCAAGUCUUCAAAAGUAAAAUAAGAUGGUGGAUAGAAGAUAAUGAAAGAAACAGGAGCAUUUCUGUUGAUGAGCUAUCUGGUCUUUUGGAUUUAGCAGUAUGUGCCUCAAAUGCAUUCAAGGAAUCCCAACAGCAAAGUGAGGAUAGGGAGUAUGAAGUUAAGGAAAGGUUUUAUCAGAAGUCAAAAAGGCGGUAUGAUACUUACAAUAUAGCUGGCUAUCAAGGGGAGAUAGAAGUUGGGCUCUACACAAUCCAGAUUCUCCAGUUCAUUCCUUUUUUUGACAGUAAAAAUGAACUGUCUAAAAGAGAAAUGAUCAAUUUUAUAUCAGGAAGUACAGAUAUUCCUGGAGAUCCAAACAAUGAAUUUAAAUUAGUCCUCAAGAACUUUAUUUCUUACCUAACCAAUUUGAAAUUUUCUUUGAAAAAGUCCUUUGAUUUUUUUGAUGAAUACUUUGUCCUUCUAAAACCUAGGAACAAUAUUAAGCAAAAUGAAGAGGCCAAAACUCGGAGAAAGGUGGCUGGGUAUUUUAAGAAGUAUGCAGAUAUAUUUGGCCCCUCAGAGGAAUUACAGUACAAAGAUUUUUGUCCAAAGCUUAGUGUGCCACUUCAGGUAGAGCUAUAUCGGAGAAGCCUGGAAGUUUUAAAAGCAGACAAGUUUUCUGGACUCUUGGAAUAUCUUAUCAAAGCUCAAGAAGAUGCUAUACACACCAUGGAAGAUAUAAUGAACAAAUAUACUUUUCUCUUUGAACAAUGCACUGUCAGAAUCCUGCCAAAGGAAAAGCAAAAUUUCAUCCUGGCCAACAUCAUUCUCUACUGUAUUAAACCGACCUCCAAAAUAGUGAAGUCAAUUAAAAAACUGAAAGAUCAGCUUCGAGAAGUCUUACAACAAGUAGGAAUGUCAUAUCGGUAUCCAGAACCUUAUUUCCUAGCUUCCCUCUUAUUCUGGCCAGAAAACCAACAACUAGAUCAAGAUUCUAGACUAAUGGAAAAGUAUGCUUGGUCACUGGAAAAUUCUUUUCGGGGACAAUAUAAGCAUAUGUAUCGUACAAAGCAACCAAUUGCCUAUUUCUUUCUUGGGAAAGGUAACAAUAUGAACAGACUUGUUCACAAAGGAAAAAUUGAUCAAUGUUUUGAAAAGACAGCUGAUAUUAAGUCCCUGUGGCAGAGUGGAGAUGUAUGGAAGGAGACAAAAGUCCAAGAGCUUUUGCUUCGGUUAAAGGGACGAGCUGGAAAUAACUGUUUAUACAUAGAAUAUGGAAUCAAUGAAAAAAUCACAAUACCCAUCACACCUGCUUUUCUGGGUCAACUCAGAAGUGGUAGAAGCAUAGAAAAAGUAUCUUUUUACCUGGGAUUUUCCAUUGGAGGCCCACUUGCUUAUGACAUUGAGAUUAUUUAA